GAGAGAGAGAGAGAGAGAGAGAGAGAGAGAGAGAGAGAGAGAGAGAGAGAUUGAGUUGCAAUGGAACUAGUGGGAGUACUUCGUAUGAAUGGAGGUCUGAGAGAGACUAGUUAUGCUAACAACUCUCUAGUUCAGAGAAAGGUGAUAUCCAUGACAAAACCAAUAAGAGAAGAAGCAAUAACUGAAUUAUACAACAGCAGCAUCACCAGCAUUAAUGGUGGUAAACUAUGUGUAGCAGAGUUGGGCUGCUCGUCUGGUCCAAACGCUUUGUUUGUGGCGACGGAAAUUGUGAAGACUGUCGAGAAGAUAUGCCGGAAGCACGGCCAUUCGUUGCCGGAGUUUCAGAUACAACUGAAUGACCUUCCGGGAAAUGAUUUCAACUCUAUUUUCCAGUCAUCACUGCCGAGUUUCGAGGCCGAGUUAUUACCGGUGCUGCACGAAGUGGGAUGUCCUAAUCAGUACUGUUUUGUGUCAGGGGUUCCAGGUUCUUUUUACAGCAGACUUUUUGCUGCAAAAACUCUUCAUUUUGUCCAUUCUUCUUACAGCCUCAUGUGGCUCUCCAAGGUCCCUGAAGGGCUGGAAAUGAACAAUGAAAACAUAUAUAUGUCAAGUAAAAGCCCAGCACAGGUGAUAAAGGCAUACUAUGAACAAUUUCGAAUAGAUUUUUCGACUUUUCUGAGAUGUCGAUCGGAGGAAGUGGUGAGUGGUGGUAGAAUGGUGUUAACUAUUUUGGGAAGGAAGAGUGAAGAUGCUUCUAGCAAGGAGUGCUGCUACAUUUGGGAGUUGUUGGCCCUCUCACUACAGCAAAUGGUAUCUGAGGGAGUAGUUGAAAAGGAAAAGUUAGAGUCAUUCAACAUACCCCAAUACACACCAUCAGCUGAAGAAGUGAAAAAAGAGGUUGAAAAGGAAGGGUCCUUCACCAUCAGCCGACUCGAGUCCUCAGAAAUUCCAUGGGCCUCCUGUGGGCCUGAGCCCAAUAACAAUGACGCUGGUGAUUAUCUGACCCAAUGCAUGAGAUCCGUCGCCGAACCCCUACUCGUUAACCAUUUCGGUCAACAUGUAAUCGACCCGUUGUUCCAAAUCUACGCCAAAAUCCUUUCCCAACGCAUCUCCGACGAAGAUGCUAAAUUCUUCAACGUCACUGUUUCACUGACGAUGAGAUCGGAAUAAUUACCA